CUACAGAAGUGUGCCAAAAAGAGAGAAAAAAAAACGGCCAACCCACAAACACCCACACACAUAAACAUAAACACAACACACACAAAGUUGCAGCAGCAGUCGCACGCCCGGCUGCACUACAGGGACUCAAAAUGUGGUUCACUGCCCGGUUUCUCUAUGUAUUCACGUACAACAUGUUCCAGUUUUGUGCCCACACGUGGAUACUGGCCAACAUGACGGUCAGGUUUCUCAUGUUUGGUCGAGAUGCCUUGGCGGACACGUUUUACUCCAUCGGAGUCGUCAUGUCCCUGUGUCAGCUUUUCACGGUGCUUGAGCUGUUUCAUAUCGCAGAUGGCAUCGACAAGAGCUGGAUUCUCCCUCGCCUCUUUCAAGUGGUGGAGAGGAAUCUUCUGCUGUUCACUAUAGUCAUGAUGGAGGAGAUUCAGAGUAAACCGGUUGUGUGCGCACAGUUCUUCCUGUGGAACAUCCUGGGUCUGCUGAGGUACCCCCAGGAGCUGCUGUGUGUGAUGGGCUCCCCUUCUCUGAACAUGCUGUGGAACCGCUACACGCUGUACGUCCCCACGUACAUCCUGGCGGCCGUCGCAGAAGGAGUUACAGUGUACCAGGCAGUGAAUCACUUAGAGAAGGCUGGCAGAGGGCGUCUUCAGCUGCCCAUCUCCUCUCCCAACCGCGUUCCCAUCCUGCUGAAGACCUAUCUGAUCAUCCUCGCAGUCGGCGCCACGGUGACGGUGUGGCAGUUGGUGAAGGAGAGGCAACAACGGCUGGAGAAAUGGAACAAGAAGCUCAAGAAGUAGUUAGCCCUAUGACAUUGUAUUAUGAAUUGUAUAACUGUUAUAAUUGUACCAUUUGGUUUACUUUUAUAAAAUAAAUAUAUAUAUCUUUUUUACUAUCAGCACCCACUCAAAA